AGCAAGCAAGCAACAGACGCAGCAGUCAGUGCCAGUCAAACAACCCCCCUCUCCCUGUCAGCCACAGCUGUUAUCCAUCCUUUUCUGAGCUGAGUUGAGUGGAGACCAUCCCCCUUUCCCCCAAAAACCCCCUGCUCUUCAACCACUACAACUUUACCAACUCACAUCAGUUUGUCUUUUGUAGCACGCCGAUUGCAGCCAUGGAUGUCUUGAACCUGCUGAGGAAGGCGCAGCAAAGCGACGACUCCCAAAGCGCGGACACCGCCGCGCAACCGCAGCAGCAACCCCGGCCUGCUGCGACGGCGAGGCACGAUGAGCGUGCCGCUGCUGUUGACGACGAUGACGUUGACGAUGUCAGCGAGUCUGUGCCGGAGUCCAUUCAUGUUGAUGGUGAUGACGACGGUGAUGAUGAGAGCGAGGCCGCCGUGACCUCGCUUCAGCACACCAACAAGAACGCACGCCCGUCCACCGGUGGCGUCUCGUCUGGUCUGAACAUUCUUGCGCAGCUCUCCGCAGGCGUUGCUCAAUCCGUCGCCAGCCCCGUUGGCACAAAGGCGGUGUCACCUGCAGCUUCGGUUACAGCGCCAACCGACAGCCAGCACAUUGUCCUGUCGAAGGCCACCUCCACCAGCGCCUCCUUGACUGCCCGCCAGGUCUCCAUUUCGUUUGAUUCAACCACCGAAGUCGCAGCUACCCCUGUUGAGUCGCGUCAGGUGUCGCCUGUGGCGCGUUCGCUGGACGAGUUUGUGUCGUCCCAGCUCUCCGCUGCUGGUGACAAGAUUGCUUGGAGUAGCUCAGGCUCUGUUGGCAGCUACAUUCGUGUUCGCGCCGACGCCUCCGACCUCUCGUUCAACUGCCACGGCUUUACUAGUUACCUCAUCGACGUUGCCCUUUCGCACUGCUCCACGCUGCUUGCUGCUGUUGAUAAGCGCGGUGACUUGAAGGUGCUUCGGUUGUGUGAUUCUCAGACAAAGGUCCAUGUGUUCAGCCACAAGUUUAGCCACGGCGAGGUUGAUGUGCGGCUGAGCUGGAGCGCUGAUUCGAAGCAGUUGGCCGUCUGCCGCCUGAAUGAAGUGCACGUCUUCAACACAGAGGCGCUGCUCACAGCCAACAACGAGGUCGCGAGCCUUCCUGUGGUGAGUUACACAAGUCACAACAUUCAAAGCAGUCGCACCACCAUCAUCAUUACGCCCAUUCUUUUCAUUAUCGUGGCCAUGCAAGUGCUGCGCGCGGGUCAUGAGGCGCUGUGUGCUGCCUUCUCCCUCGCCACCACCCAGGGUCUCCCCGCGGCCGGAAACACGCUCGCGGUCGCCACCGCUGACGCCCGCAUCAGCUUCUACGAGCGCUCGGACCAGACCCAGCCGUUUGCUCUGCAGCAGUCCCUCCAAGCGGACGCUGCUGCGUCGCGGAUGGCGUUUGUGACGCUCGAGCCCGAUGUUCCGAGCGACAUGCCCGUGCACGCCUGCUCCCACCCGCUCCUCGUCACCUUCUCCCGCAAAGCAAGCACGGUGACGCUGCGCGAUACGCGCUCCCUCGAGGUCCUGCAGACGGUCACACUCGACAGCUCCACAUCGUGGCGCGUGUCCAUUGGCUCCACUGCUGUGAUUGCCGCUGCCACGGCCCGCCCGCUGCUCGUGUGCUUGCGGCUUGCCUGUCCGCCCGCCACCACCGUUGGGCAGCCCCGCAACUACGGCCGUGCGCGCUUCACAAGCGCCGCCGUCUGCAGCACCAAAAGCCCCUGCAUCGACAUGGCCCUCGUCGCAUUCACCGCAGAUGACGAGGCUGGACGUGCAAGCCUGCGACUUGCCUUUGCAUCGAGGCGCGGCAUUGAUGUGAUGACGGCUGCUGUUCCCAUUGCGCCCGUGGACUGGACGACUGGAAGCUUCUUCGUCGACACGUCGGUGCCGUCAACAUCCUCUGCCACUGCACCCGCUGCCGCCACCACAAGCACCGCCACUACCAAGCAGCAACCAGCACCCAAGCAGACAGCACCAGCGCCGCCCAAGGCAGCCACCCCGACUGCCACUCGCACGUCCACGUCCACGUCUGCCUCCACGGCGACGGGUCCGUCGUCAGCGGCGUCUGCGCUGCUCCGCGCACACGGGCGGUUUACGCUCGCGCCGGCAGCGGCGAAGGCAAAGGCGGCACCGCCAAAGGCAGCAGUUCAGUCGGCAGCAGCUGCUGCAACAUCAGCUGCACACAAGCGCGCCAAGCUGCAGAUGGAGCUCAAGAAGCAACAGCAACAGCAGCAACAGCAGCAACAGCAGCAGGCAUCAGCAACAGGUGCAGAUGCGUGUGUUCCCUCAACAUCGUCUCAGGCUGCCGGUCUGUCGGAUCCCGGUGCGCUGUUGAGUGCUCUCAAGCAGGGCAGCAAGCCGGGCGCUGGCGCUGGAGCAGCCCAGGCGACCACGCCAAGCAAGGGCAAGAAGAGCGGCAAGAAGAACGGCAAGCCGGCUGUGGCGCCCUCGCCUGGCGAUGCCGCCAUUAUCUCCCAGCGGUCAGGGUCGUCUGCGCCGAGCAGCGUUGAGCCGUCCCCGCAGAAGGAGAAGCGCAAGCGCCGCUCCCGCACCCGCAAGCCAAAGGACGCAACAGCAGCAACAGCAUCAGCAGCAGCGCCGGCAACUGCCACCGCAACUGCACCGGCCGUGUCUCUGUCCACUCCACUCGAGCACCCGUCCCAACAGCACCCGUCCCAGCAGCAACAGCAGUCCCAAAGCGUGGACGAAGGCGACCAGUCUGACCAGCCGUGGCCGCCGACGCUGCUGGCCCGCCCGCUGCCCUCCACACGCCACCGCCUUGGCGUGGGCAGCGGUGCGCUGUCGCCAACAUCCCGCACGAUGAGCACGGAGGUGGCGGCUGGGGACCUGCAGCGCGACGUCGUUGUGCCGGGCGGUGCACGCGGCCCCGGCAGCGAGGACGGGAUGAUGUACGAGUUUAUGGAGCAGCAGCAGAGCAUGAUGAACCGCGUGGCGAGCGUGCUUGAGCGGCAGGCUGCGCAGGUGGACGACCUCCUGCUGCGGUUUGAGGAGCUGGAGCAGCGGGUUGGCCCGACGGUGGAGAUGGCGGUGGAGCCGUUGCUGGAUGAGCAUGCCAAGCGCACGGAGAAGACGCUGCAGCGGCUGGCGCACGUGCAGGAGGAGCAGAUGAAGGGGUUGAUCACGGAGAUGAACAAGACGUUCCGUGAUGGCCUGAAGCAGGUGGCGAGCAAGGCCAUGCACGCUGCCAAGGAGCAGCUGCAGCCCGCCGUGACGCGAGCGCUCAAGAGCACCAAGUUUGCAAACGACGUGGCCAAGGGCAUCAACGUGGACGAGCUGCAGAAGAAGAUCACGGCGCCCCUGCAGCGCAGCCUGGACAAGGUGCCGUCCGUGCUGGACGAGGUGACGCGGGCGAUGCUUGAGGAGGCUGCCACGCGCGUGGAGGCCGGCCUGCACGACUACCGCGAGCAAAUGCGCGCAGCCAUCAUCUCACAGUUUCGCACGGACUCUAACCUGCACGUGCUCCUGAGCGGGCUUGAGCGGCGCGUGGAGUCGAUGGGGGCGUCUGCACAGCAGCUGGCAGCGAGCGCCACCACCGCGCAGACGGGUGUUGCCGGCCUGCAGCAGCAGGUGGCGCAGCUUGAGCAGCAGGUGGCCGCCAUGGCGCAGACGGUCGCAGCAGUCCACCAGCAGCAGCAGCAACAGGGUGUUGGUGGCGGUGUAAUGGGCACCCGGGGUGGUGUGGAUCAGCAGCAGCAGCAGCAGCAGCAGCAGCGUGGGGCUCGGCGAGAGGAAGUGCGUGUUGAUCCGGAGCAGAUUGCUGCGCAGCUGUGGAAGGAGCAGCGCUACGAGGAAGCGUGCCAGUUUAUGCUGAACAACAACCGCAGCACGUGGAUUGUGCGGCAGUGCAUGCGUGACGACUGGGUGUCUGCGCUUGAGCCGCCGACGCUGCUGUCGCUCAUCUCGCUGCUGGCGACGUUUACCGCGCGCCUCUCCGCUGAUGACGAGCGCGUGCGCCCGCUGGUCAACACCAUGGCCACCGCUGGGCUCGCCCUCUCUGGCGAGGACCUGGGCUUGAUGGGCGACACCCCGGCGCGUGUGCUGGCGCGGCUGCAGGCGCUGCAGCAGAAGCACCCGCUGGGGAAGGUUUCGCUGCUGAUUCGCCAGUUUGGUGGGGGAUCGGGCAGUCUCUCGCGCACCUCGUCCACAGCCAGUACCCCGCGCCAUGUCUGA